GGGAUAAGCUGCGUGCUGCUGAACUACCGCAUUGAAGACAGCUGCAGCUUGGAGAGCAAUGGCAGCAGCGCCACCAGCACAAGGGAGGCUGAGCGGAGUGAUCCCCCGACUCCUCAGCCAGCAGCCGAGAUCGGGAACGCAGAGGGGACCCUUCUGGACUUGGCCAUGAAGCGCCCAGUAGUCAGAUCGAAAAUCAAGUUCACGACUGGUACCUGCGACGAUGCGGCGCUGCACAAUUGUGAGCUGUGCGGCAAAGGCUUUCGCUUGCAGAGGAUGCUCAACCGUCACGUGAAGUGUCACAGCCAAGUAAAGAGACACCUGUGCACCUUCUGUGGCAAAGGUUUCAAUGACACCUUUGAUCUGAAGAGACAUGUAAGGACCCAUACAGGAAUUCGGCCUUACAAAUGUGAGAUCUGCAACAAGGCGUUUACCCAGCGAUGUUCUCUGGAAUCCCACCUUAAAAAGAUCCACGGGGUGCAGCAGCAAUAUGCGUACAAACAGCGGCGUGAUAAACUUUACGUCUGUGAAGAUUGUGGCUACACGGGCCCAACGCAAGAGGACUUGUAUCUGCAUGUCAAUAACGCUCACCCCGGGAGUGCUUUCCUCAAGAAAACCUCUAAAAAGCUGGCAGCAGUCUUACAGAAUAAACUCACCUCUGUCCUGCAGAGGAACCCGGAAGAUGAUGAGGAAGACGAGUAACGCAGUGGAUUACAGCGGUCACAUGCAAUGAAGUUUACAUGUUGGGUAUUUUUUCAAACACGAAAGGUAUCCGUGUAAUAGCAGGCAUCUUGUCCUUUUGGUGAUGACCGGCUGUGGAUGUUACAGCCUCAACGUGAAAGAAAUGUUCUCAGCUUAAUGCAAAUACAAGGCUUUUUUAAUCGUGAGAAUAAAAGGGAAAAUUUUGGAGCCAGCAUCGCCUGUGGAUAGAGCCCUGCACUGGUACUCGGGAGACUCCACGUCAGUUCCCAGCUCUGCCACUGGCCUGCUGUGUAACUUUGGGCAAGUCACUUAACAAUUCCAUGAUUCCGUUUUCCCAACUGUGUAAUGGAGAUAAUGACACUGAUCAGCUUUGUAAGGUGCUUUGAAAUCUGUGCGUGAAAAGUGCUAGAUAAGAGCUAGGUAUCCUUAAUAUUAUUCCCAGAUGAGAAUCUACAGUAAAAUGAAGUUAAGGAUGAGAGUAUAUAUCAUAAGGUGAGAAAUGCACAGUAAUACACUCAAACAACCUUAACUCUGCCCUGUAGUGAAACCAUGCAGAAAUAGGGUGACGAGACGUCCCGAUAAAAUCGGGACCGUCCCGAUUUUUAGGUGUUUGUCCCGUGUCCUGACCAAUCUUUGGUU